CCCAAUAGAAAUCAACUUUUUAUGAACUCGUUUGUCCGUGCGCAUCAAAAAAUCUAAAAUCCAAAUUCUCGUCACUCACACGUACUCCACGUCCUCGUACCUACCGUACCACUUGUGCAAGAAGCACAUGUGCAAGGAGUGCAGACCAUCGUUCUGCACGGAAGGCAUACAGUAUGGUACGGUAUACUGUAAUCCUCGAAUAGGAAGGAACCCAAUACAGCAAGGACCGCGGCGCAGGACCGAUGGAUUCCGUUUGUUUCGUUUGUGAUAGCCAGCGAACAAGAGCCAAACAACCUUCCAUUCCAUUGACUUGCAUCCGCGCUGUUGAACACAAAGAACAAACGCCACCCUUCCCACCAUCCAGGCAAUGACGACGAGCAUUGCCACCAAAGGCCGCCAAGGAACUCGCUGGUCGACACCCGGGAACUCGCUCGGACGAAAGCACGCUGUGGCGAUGCUUCUUUUGCCGUUUCUGCUGUUGCUGCUCCCGGAUGGUCUCUUUUUGGCAGGGGCCCUUUGUUUGGGUUCGUCUUCGACGCAUUMCUUUCGCGCUUCUUUCGGCCACCGCUCUGGUUUGUACCGCCUCGGCAGCCAUCGAGCGAGGACACUCGAGAGGAUGCAGGUACAAUKGCGGCUGCGAAAACAAUCCCUGGSCGAACAAUCGCCAACAACUCCAACCAUGAGGGAUCGRUCCUCGAGCUAUUGGUUCUCUGUGGGGGACAGGGUCCGCGUGGUGGAGGAYGUCUACGCAACGACCACGACGUCAAUCGCUACMAGCAGCAACAACAACRACAACGACAACCCCGCGCCGCCACCCACCACAAAAGUCCGACAAAACCUCAGGGGACGGACCGGAACGGUGGUCGAGACCUGGGAAAAAUGCGACGUCGAUCCGACCUGUUGCUGCGCCGAGCAGGUCGACACGGACAUGGCCGUCCGGGUGGCCCUGGACGGCCCACAAAGCAGAGAAGUCUCGUGUGGGAUCACGAAAGAGAACAAAACCGAGAACGAGAACGAAACCCUCCCCGGUGCCACCACCGCUUCUGCUCCCGUCGACCCGUUUGGUGAGGAUUGUUUUUAUUAUUACUUUGCGGAAGACGAACUGGUCCGGUUGCGGUAGCGCCGGAAUGGGACGGACAAACGCAUCGGUACUGUAAUAAAACGAAUGGAGCGGAACACUAGUAGAGGCAGGAGUGUAUGUUUGUAUGUAUGUAGGUACUGGUAUGUGUUUAUAUUGCAUAGGUCGUUGUAUGUGCAGGUAGUAGAUAUACAGUCUCUCUCGGAAUCGGCUCGCGGUGGCCCAUCCGAUGGCAGGUGCGAUGUAGAGUGGAUUGGAUUGGAUUGGAUUGGAAUGGAAUGGAGUGGAGCGGGGUCGAAUGGUCUAGCAUGGUGCGGUGUGAUCUCGUCUCGUCCGGCCUCGUCUCC